UGUUACGAUUAACGAAACGAAUCCCUUCCCGAAAUUACGCGCCUUGUCAACCUUGCCUCAAGUUUGACCAAAGAAGCUGCAUCAUUGACGAAAACCAAGAUAUUUCCUUCUAGAAAAUCCCCUUAUUGACUCUUACGAACUACUGGUGGACUGCUAGGAUAGGAAUUUCGGGUGCGCAUUCAAUUGGGCUAAAGAGCGUGUGCGACAUUGGAUCGAAAGUCCGCGCUUCCCUUGACGCCGAAGAUUAUACCUUUCAGGACGUGCGAAGGCUUUAAAGGAAGCGAAAUGAUAUUGGCAUAGGAAGAUUGGAACUGAGACAACCGAAUCAACCGAGAAUUUUUAAUCAUCGCUACCCGGCUUGAUUCUAUACCGGUGAGAGAUACAACGGGAACGCCGCGCAUCAUGACUCACCGACGGCAAGGUCUUUCUCGCACCUUGCCGAAAGACUUCACUUUUCCUUCAAUAGGGGAGCCCAGGACUCCGGAACGCAACUCAAUCCAGCUGGACGUUCCGCCGCCGCCCCCGCGCCAUUCCAGUUGCCGCUUGCGCAGGUCCCGAGUGCGCUCAGGGACGGAUGUCUUUGCGCACGCUGAAUACGAUCGCAAUAUUUUCCACCCUAACCCAUCCGAUAUCCCGCUACCAUCUAUUGAAUUUUCUUCUUCUCACGAUGCGACAGACCCUGAGGCAUGUCUAUCCAUACCUACGAGCAAUGACCGCUUUUUGGCCCCUCCGCGGGAUCGUGUAGCGUUAAAGACCCCACCUGCCCAGAUCCGCGCGGCCCCAGUCGAUCAAUCUACAGGAUACUGGUCAACGGAUGAUCCUCAAAAUAUAGGAGAGACCAUCGAACGCCCUGGCUCCUCCUGCUCCGAUUCUUCAGUUUCAUCAAUUGAAACAUUUGCCUCCCGGCGCUCAGUGGGUGGAAGCUGUACGAGCAUUGAAAGCGACAGUUUCGAUCCCUUUUUCCUUGAAAUCCAGCCAAAACACGUGGAAUCAACUCCAGUGCCCAAGUUCCGGCGGAACAAACCCCCAACUCGAGAACGAUGGACAAGGGAUAUGGACAAUCACUUAUGGAAUACGUAUCAGAUUUACCUCCAGGAUCCUACAAUCACCCCAUUUAAAAUGACGCCGGGAAGCAUCCCGCCCUUGGGGGUCACUCACCGAGUAGCACGAGAAGCAAAGAAGACGUGGGAAAAAAUGCGUUACAGACUUACCAAUCAGCUUCCUUCCACGUCGCAACAAUAUGCGAGCGGUAACUCAACACCAACUCCAAAAACUGACACCCCAAAGAAUGUAUGGCCCAGAUCGGAGGCGUCGACCAGGAGGAGAUUAAAAUAUUUGUGCAAGAGGAAAUUCUGUAUCGCGCCGCAUUACCAAAGGCUGAUGAUGUCCCGAAGCCCGACACCCGCCUUGGAUAUGGUUUCUCACUCAUCACGAGAAUCGUCCCAAGCAGAGGUCCCCACAAGUAGCUCGGCAGUUUACGCCACGCGCGAUCUAGGCAUAUCUCUUGUCUCCAGCUCAGUCCCUGGGCCCUUAACGCAGCUGGCGAUGGAGGAACCACCCAGUAAUAAUAGUGGCGAAUGGUCCAGUCAGCCUGUACCGUGUAACGCUCCUCAUGGCGAGGUCGACCCAUUCGCAAAUAGACCGUUUAGCUUUGAUGAACGGGAGAUAGCACCUCGACUGGGAUCUCCGUUUACCUAUCACACGUGGGGUCCUAAUAACUCGAAAAAACGUGUCCAACGCCAUACGCCUAGAGCUCGAAGAGAAACGAUUCAUGUUACAGGCUCUCGGUUGCGGUCACCUCCCCGUAUGGACUUAUUGGCAAAUGCGGACAACCGUAAUAUUGCUUGCGAGUCAAUGACAACCGCAGAAUCUCCGAGUGAUGAAGAAACGCGACAAAACUUGGAGGAGCUUUUCCGACAAGGAAAACUCAAUGACAUUGGCCAGCGUCGCAUACGAAUUCGAAACCGUGGAGCCACGAUGAGCUCGGUUAAUUCUGGUGGCCUUAACCAGCUCUUUUCCCCACCAUCGUCUUCAUCUAAAAAUGAUGACAGCCAUCGUGAGGAAAAGCCCGCUCCUCACCUGCGGAACCUUAGCGGGGAGGCCAUCAAACGACUUGGCUCACCUUUUAAGAUCGACCCGCCUAAACGAGCCGGCGAUUCGCCGGCCAGGUUUAUCAGGCAUGCACCUUCCCGUUCAGAGCCAUUCGCACGUGGACUUCUGCCUCAGGCAAGACAGACAGCUCAGGUUGGCGGACAGCGAACGUUGAAUACCCUGCCAUACGAUCCCACUGAACCUGGUCUAUCGGAUGCAGAGCGGAUCCGGAGACAGAUUCUGAACAUGUCUUACUCAAGACAAUAAGCCUGGUAUUUCUUUGCCCGAGCGCAAUUGGCUGUUUACGGGCAUGUCUUGAUGGGCCUGUUUUGAUUAUCGUGUCGACUUCGAAUUACUCCUUGACUAAUGACCUGGACGAUCUAAAGUGACUUGGCUUUUGUAGACCAAGCGAAAUAAUGACAGAAAUGGCAUUAACGACUAAUGAUAUUGAAAGACAAAAACGAAACAAAAAAAGAACAAUAUUCUCCUGCUCUCACAAUCUAAGACAAACAACGACACAAAACAAUUUAAAAAAAGCAAAAAAAACCAAAACC